GGCCAACGACCGCAAAUUCUCUCUCUCUCGAGAAGAAGAAGUAACGUUAGCUAGUGGGCUAGCCUAGCUGCAGGCUUUAUUUAGGGAAAUAUGGCUGCUGUACUUCCCAUUAGACCGCCCUGCGACAGUAACCCCGCUACACCUGGAGCACAAUCCUCAAAGGAGGAUGUGAUGGAAGAAGAGUCCAAUGACGGCAGCCAGCCUCCCAAAAGAAGGAGAAUGGGUUCAGGAGACAGCUCUCGGAGCUUUGACACCUUCAGUCAAGACCUUGGCCCGACAUAUUUCCCAGCGGAGAACCUGACCGAGUACAAGUGGCCUCCAGAUGACACAGGAGAGUAUUACAUGCUGCAGGAGCAGGUCAGCGAGUAUCUGGGAGUCACAUCUUUCAAGAGGAAGUACCCUGAUAUGGAGAGAAGAGACUUAUCUCACAAAGAGAAGCUCUACCUGCGUGAACAGAAUGUCAUUACUGAAACACAGUGUACCCUGGGUCUGACCGCUCUGCGUAGUGACGAGGUGAUAGAUCUGAUGAUAAAGGAGUAUCCUGCCAAACACUCUGAGUAUUCGGUCAUACUGCAGGAGAGAGAGCGGCAGAGAAUAGCUAAAGAGUACUCUCAAAUGCAGCAGCAGAACUCUCAGAAGGUGGAGGCCAGCAAGGUUCCCGAGUACAUUAAGAAGGCAGCUAAAAAAGCUGCAGAGUUCAAUAGUAACUUUAACCGGGAGCGGAUGGAAGAGAGGCGCGCUUACUUUGACCUACAGACACAUAUCAUCCAGGUGCCCCAGGGCAGGUUCAAGGUGCUGGCUCCAGAGCUGACCAAGAGUGGGCCUUACCCUGUGGCUCUCAUACCAGGACAGUUCCAAGACUACUACAAAAGGUACUCUCCCAAUGAGCUACGGUACUUGCCCAUCAACACGGCUCUGUUUGAGCCUCCGCUGGAUCCAGAGCUGCCCGCGUUGGACUCUGAACCAGACUCCGAUGACCAAGAGGAUGGAAAGGGUGACAAAAAGAACAAGAACUCCUCUGACAGUUCUUCGGGAAAUACAUCAGACGUGGAGAGCCAAGAGGGAGGUGGGAAACCGGGCAACAAGUCCAAGGCCAAAGACAGGACAUCCACAGCAGCAAAAGACGGCAGCCAGCGACUUUCUGCCUCCCACAAAACCCCACCUGGGUACAAGCCUAAGGUCAUUCCCAAUGCUAUAUGUGGCAUUUGCCAGAAGGGUAAAGAGGCCAACAAGAGGGGCCGUCCGGAGGCCCUCAUUCACUGCUCCCAAUGUGAUAACAGCGGCCAUCCGUCCUGCUUGGACAUGAGCAAGGAGCUGGUGGGUGUGAUCCAGACGUACCGAUGGCAGUGCAUGGAGUGUAAGACGUGCAUCGUGUGCCAGCAGCCCCACCAUGAGGACGAGAUGAUGUUCUGUGACAAAUGUGACCGAGGGUACCACACCUUCUGCGUGGGCAUGGACUCCAUACCUACUGGCCUUUGGGUAUGUGAGGUUUGUGAGAAGGAUUGCCCCACACCCAAGAAGAAAGGAGGAGCAAAAACACCCAAGAAGUCCAAAUCAGCUCAAAAAUGAUCAGCAGCAACUUUGUUUAUCUGAUCUGUCUGAUCUGACAACAUUUCCACAGUGGGAAGAAUGUGACCGUUAAAUGGGGCUUUUUGAUCUGCUCAGUUACUUUCAAAACAACAUUUUUGUAUGGCUUUGUAUUUGUGGUACUUUAAAUAAACAUUUAUUUAAUUAGGCAGGCCAGUAAAGAACAAUCUUAUUUAAAUUAAGUCUUACAAUAAUGGCAUGGUGCUUCUGUGUAAUGAAAUGGAACCUCUUGGCUGUGGUAGGUAUUUAUUUGUCAGUCUUUAGUACUAAAAGAUGUUCUCGAUUAACAGCUAUUUUCUUGUGAACCAUCCACUAUUAAUUAAUAUACAAAAAUAUAACCACUUAAAGUAAUUCAAUUGAAAUGUAACAUCCAUCAACUACAAUUAGAUAACGUCUGUUUUUUGUUUAGUUUGAAAGAUUGUUUUUUAAUAUUUUGUAAUGUCUCUCCAGUAAGCAGUUUAAGACAUAUGUGUAGGUAAAAAGGUCAUAAUCACUGAUUUGUGUGUGUG